CUCGGCUUUCAACAAACAACCAUCUUAAGAGAUAGUGACAGUAAGUGAUCUGGAACAGUUACCUGUGUAUUUGGUUCCUGUGACAAUAGUUUUCCAUGAUGGAGGACCAGGUGACUGGAAAAGAUGGAGACCCCAUUGUCAUCAGUGGUAUUUCCUGUCGCCUUCCCGGAGCUGACAAUAUGGCAGAGUUUCGUGAAAGUCUCUGGCAGGGAGAAAAUAAUAUAUCUGAAAACAAGAGAUGGACAAAAGAUUUACCUGAUGGUACCCCUAAUAAGAUGGGAAUAUUAGGCGACCUCGGAAAAUUUGAUGCAGGAUUUUUCGGUGUGAACCCCAAGGUUGCGGAUGUGAUGGAUCCACAGCUUCGGAUGUUACUGGAGAUAACACAUGAAGCCAUUGUGGAUGCAGGUGUGGAACCACAUCAGCUGAAGGGAUCAGACACUGGGGUGUAUGUGGCCUGUGGGUUGUCGGAGAACAUGGAGGCCUUCAGUACAAACCAAGACUAUAUCUACGCCUACAACCCAAUAGGCAAUGCUCCCACAAUGUUCGCUAACAGGAUUUCUUUUGCAUUUGAUUUCAAAGGAGCUAGUUAUGCCCUAAGAAAUGGUCAUGCAAGUGGACUUGUGGCUUUGGACCGUGGACUGAUGGCUCUCCGGACAGGUCAGUGCCAGGCUGCAGUAGUGGCUGGCUGUAACCUCUGUCUCAAGGUCACGACCUCCACUCAGCUACACAGGAAUGGCCUUCUCUCGUCACAUGAUGUCUGUAACUGUUUUGAUGAGAAAGCGGAUGGACUUGUGAGGAGCGAGGGUGUGGUAGCCAUGUUUCUACAGAAGAAGUCUUCAGCCAAGAGAAUUUACUCCACUGUGCUACAUACAAAGGUGGCAUCCUACAGAUCUCUAUCCCCAAUGUUGCCCCCUAGUGUAGAGGAACAGACAGAGUUUCUGAAGAAAGUGUAUCAAGAAGCCGGUGUGCCACCAGAACAUGUGGCAUAUAUUGAGACGAGCGGUUGUUCCGUUGCUAAGGGAGAGGCACAGGAAAUGAAAGCUCUCGCCAGGGUCUUCAGCAGUCACAGAUCAACGCCUCUUCUGAUUGGCUCUGUGGUGUCCAAUAUUGGUCAUAUGGAAACUGUAUCAGACCUUGUGGGCCUUGCUAAACUGAUACUGACAAUGGAAGAAGACAUUAUUCCACCGAACCUUCACCUACAUACCGCCAACCGUGAUCUCGCUACCACCCUAAACGGUCAAGUCCAGGUAGUGGAAGAAAAGACACGGCUGCCCGGCAACAGUGGCAUAGUGGCCUUAAACUCCUAUGGACUUGGUAACCUAUGUGCUCAUGCCGUAUUUGCCGCUCACGAUCAUCAGAAAUCCAAGUGCCACCCGGCGGAAAAACUGAGUAGAUUGUUCACAUACUCGGCUAGGACAAAGGAAGGGUUGGAGUCAGUAUUCAGACUGGUACAAAGUAAUGCCAGUAACAUACACCUUCAGUACUUACUACAGGAAACCACCCAUGUGGCACCUACGUUCCAUCCCAUGCGUGGGUACACGCUGGUUAACGCUCCAGACAAACUCCAGGAAAUAAAGGAUUGUAGUUCAGCUGUAGCUGAGCGUCCAUUGUGGCUGGUGUAUUCUGGCAUGGGAUCCCAAUGGCCGGGGAUGGGGCGCACGAUGAUGAAGUUCGAAGUUUUCCGUCGCUCAAUUGAACGAUGUGACGCUGUCCUCCAGAAACAUGGGCUACAGCUGCUGAAGCUGAUCAUGGAGGGAGAAGAAAAUACCUAUGAAAGUGUCCUCCAUUCCUUUGUAGGACUCGCCUCUAUACAGGUAGCUCUCACAGACAUGCUGCUUUGUAUGGGAAUAAAACCAGAUGGAAUCCUGGGCCACUCAGUGGGUGAACUGGGAUGUGGCUAUGCUGAUGGGUCGCUGACCGCUGAGGAAACUGUUCUGGCCGCAUACUGGAGAGGUCGCUGUGUGGAGGAAGCCAAACUGCCACCAGGGGGCAUGGCAGCAGUCGGGCUGACCUGGAAGGAGGCUAAAGACCAAUGCCCUAAGGAUGUUGUUCCAGCAUGCCACAAUGCCACUAGUACUGUUACUGUGUCUGGACCAGUUACUGCAGUGGCCAACUUUGUGGAUGAGCUCAAGGGUCGAGGAGUGUUUGCUCGGCAGGUCAAUAGUGCAGGAGUUGCCUUUCACUCACAAGACAUGAAAAAGGUGGCACCCCUCCUCAAGUCUCGCCUGUCAAAGGUGAUAAAACCCAAGCCUAGAAGUUCCAAAUGGAUCAGUUCUUCCGUGCCGGAGUCAGAAUGGGACAGUGAGAAAGCAAAAUGGUCAUCGCCAGAGUAUGUUGUCAACAACUUGGUUAGCCCAGUGCUUUUCCAGGAAGCACUUCAGCACAUUCCUGAAAACGCUUGUGUGAUUGAGAUUGCUCCACACUGUCUCCUGCAAGCAGUGAUAAAGCGCUCCCUCCCCAAAAGCUGUUCCAUAUUUGGUGUGAUGAAGAAGCUUCAUGAAAACAAUCAGGAAUUCUUCUUCUCCAACCUCGGGAAGUGUUAUCUGGAGGGUGUGAGAGUGAACCCUUUGGGGCUGUUCCCUGCUGUUCAGCUCCCUGUACCCCGGGGCACCCCAAUGAUAAGCCCCGCCAUACGAUGGGACCACAAUCAGACCUGGGCUGUAGCUGACCCAGAAAACUUCAUCACAGAGGGCCUUGCAUGCCUGUUUGAGAUCGACUUGUCACCAGAGUCGAAGUACCACUUCAUGGUAGACCAUCGGAUCAAUGGCCUUGACCUAUUUCCAGCGUCUGGCUACCUCACUCUGGCAUGGCGAGCCCUAGCACGAGUCUGUGGACAGCUGUACACACAGCUGCCCGUCUCUUUUACGAACGUGGUGUUUCAUCGCGCCACCAUCCUCCCUAAAUCUGGUAAGCUUACCUUUCGUGUAAAUCUCACACAAGUCACUGGCUGUUUUGAGAUAAGUCAGGAUGAUGGACUCGUGGCAAGUGGAGUUAUCUCCCCUGCACAAGAUGACCCCAAGCCUGAUGCCGAGGAUGUUCUAGUCCCACAGAGCCCUCGACGACGUUUGGAACCAGAGUUGACGACAGACGAUAUCUACAAAGAACUGAGGCUGCGCGGAUACGACUUUGGACCUAAGUUUAGGUCUAUUGCAAAAACAAGCUGUAGAGGUGAACAAGGUGACUUGGUAUGGACCAACAACUGGGUGUUACUUUUGGAUGCCAUGAUACAGAUCCACCUGGUGGUGAAACCCGACAUCAAGUCAGCAUUACCCACAGGCAUACGGAGACUGACCAUCAAUCCUGUCCUCCACAACAAUGCUGUACUGCUUGACUCCAACACUGGAAAGACAAUUGUGAAGGUGUUUGUGAAUAAAUUUGGCGACACAACAACAGCAGGAGGUGCCACUAUGGAGGGAGUGACUCUGACAAAGGUUAACCUUCGACCCCACGACCAGACAGUUGCCCUUGGUGAGAUGACCUUUGUUUCGUACCGUGAUACAACUUGUCGGGAAACGUUGCCUUCUCUGGUUAAGUAUACUGAACAGUGCAGCCGUGUUGCUGCUGCAAUACUCAACAAAUUUGAAUCUCACCUGGGAGAGUCGAGCAUUCCAAAUAAGAAGCUGUUUGAAGUAGUGGCAAAAUCGUGUAAAGCAGACGACAUCAGCAAUUUGAAAAUCAAGUCUAAGGAUUUGGAUCGGAUGGACUGGAGUCUGCUGAGAACCUUGAUGAAGGUCUCUACCAUGAGACCGACCCGAGGAUUGGCUGAUAACAUCGUAAGUGUGCUAGAGGCAUUUGGAUCUGACAUGGAAAAGGACCAAUUGCUGAAUCACAUGACCAACAAGGCUGUGCUCAACCCAUGUCUUGACAUCGUAUCAGAAAAUUUGUCGGCAGGAGCACUUAGUGUGCUGGAAGUCAAGAAUAUAGACAACAUCUUUGGGGAAAAGUUGAGAGGUCAUCUUCAGCAAACUCAAAGGGGAGCAGUCAGCUUUCAUCAGGUUGACUGGACACUUGGUGAAGCAUCUAAACCAGAUGAUCCCUUCCAGCUUGUUGUCAUAGACGACUUCCUGCAUGGACAACCUGACAUUGCUGAAUCUCUCAGGAAAGUGUCGGCAAUGGUUGCAGCCGACGGCUACCUCCUUCUGCUCGAGGUCACCCAUAACUUCCACAUACAGGCCAUGCUGGAUGGUCUGAUGAAGUCAUGUUUGAAUGUGAAGGAUGAAAGGACACUAGGGUGGUACUGCAGUCCCCCCAAGUGGCAGGAACUAUUCAAGAUGGCUGAUCUUGAAAUCAUUGUAGAGAAAGCAGAUAGCCUUCUAUACACCCUGUAUCUGUUAAAAAAAAGGACAAAAUCUGAUCCAAAGAGGCAAACUGUGGUUCAUGUGGAUCACCUCAACUUCUCAUGGCUGGAUGAUCUCAAGACAAAGUUUAAAGAAGUGCAGACAAGACCCAAGGGAGACAACCUGUGGCUUGUGGCUGACAAGGAGAAACGGAAUGGAAUUCUGGGAUUGGUGCGAUGUCUGCGACGAGAACCAGGAGGCGAACGAGUUAGGUGUGUGUUCCAUGCUGACGGGGUCAACAAAGCCUGUGAACCUACACCUGGCUACCUAGAGGGUCUGAUGGAGAGAGACUUGGUGAUGAAUGUCUACAAGGAGGGAGUGUGUGGGUCCUACAGGCAGAUCCCACCCAAGUCAGUGCUAUCGGAAAUAAAAAUGGACCUAAGAGAAAACAAGAAUGUGGAGGUGAGAAUGAAAAAGUACGGCGACAUGUCCAGUUUCUGUUGGUCAUUCAAAGAACCGUCCAGGCUAGACGUGGCAAAGGACGAGUCAAAGGUGUUGUGCCACAUUGUCUGUGUGGCACUUAACACAGCCGACAGAAUGAUAGCCACAGGGAAGCUAGUGACUGGGGAACCAGGUGGCACACUCUGUACGGAGUUCUCCGGCUUCACACCUGACGGGAGACGUGUGAUGGGGCUGGCCCCUAACCAGGCCCUAUCCAAGGUGGUGUUGGCGGAGAAGGACCUAAUCUGGGACAUCCCGGAGACGUGGUCGCACAAAGAGGCUGCCACGGUGAUAUGGGCAUAUGGCCUAGCCAUCUAUGCCCUCAAGGUCAGAGGAAACCUUACCAAGGACGCGUGCGUGCUCAUACACGAUGCGGCUUGUGACGUUGGGCAGGCUGCGGUGGCCAUUGCCCUGAGCUACAGUACAAACAUUUACGUGACUGUGAAGAUGCCGUCACACAAGGACAUGCUCAGUCAACAUUUCCCGCGGCUGUCGGAAGAUCGCAUUUUCCUUCCUCACCAGUCCAACAACUACGAGGCAGAUAUCCUCCGUGCAACUAAAGGCAAAGGUGUCAGUAUGGUGCUGACCUCUCAGAUGGCUGACAACCUCCAGUCAGAUAUCCGCCUCUUACAACAUGGCGGCAAGCUUCUGGACCUCAACACUUAUAUCCCAUCAGAUCGUAUACCUCAAGGAACAAUCCAGGGUAGCUAUGAACUCCUGGGUAUCCGGAUUGAGUCCCUCAAGGAGAUGGACAUGCCCAGUGUAGCCGAGAUGAUCCAACAGGGCAUACAGAACAACACCAUUAAGCCCCUCCCCUUCACCACCUACCCUCCCCACAAACUCAAGGAGGCUUUUGAUGCCAUGACAACCGAGAAAGGUUCAGCAUCUAAAAUACUUGUGGAGAUGGUACCCAGUACACCCAGUAAGAACCUGCCAGGGGACAUCCCACUACUGCUGCAGUGUUUCUGUCCUGCAAACAAGUCGUACAUCAUCACCGGUGGUCUAGGAGGCUUCGGCAUCGAGUUAGCUCAGUGGCUGAUUGACAAUGGUGCAAGAAACAUCAUCCUUGUAUCGAGGUCAGGGGUCAAAAAUAGCUACCAGGCUCGUAAAUUACUGCUGUGGAAGGACGAAGGCAUUACUGUGAGGAUUUCCAACGAUGACAUCCGAACACGAGCGGGAACCAAGGAUUUGUUUGAUGAGGCGAGGAGUUUCGGUGAGGUGGCCGGUGUUUUCCAUUUGGCCAUGGUGUUGAAAGAUGGCUUGUUUGAGAAUCAGUCAAUGGAGAACUAUAAGGCUGUCUGCGAGGCCAAAAUCGACGUAGUACUGAACCUUGACCUGGAGACCAAGGCCAGAUGUAAGGAUAGCCUCGAUUGGUUUGUUGUGUUCUCCUCUGUGAGCAGUGGCUUUGGAAAUGCUGGCCAGACCAACUACGGCUUCGCCAAUGCUGUGAUGGAGAGAGUAUGUGAAGAAAGGAAAGCAGAAGGAUUGCCAGGACUGGCCAUUCAGUGGGGCGCUAUCGGUGAUGUGGGUGUGGCCAGCGACAAGACUGUGGUGGGUGGUACCCUACCCCAGAGACUGGUGUCAUGCCUGGAGGUCCUGGGGACACUCCUUCACCAAUCCCACCCUGUUGUGUCAAGUUACGUCCCUGCCCAGACCAACGACCUCGGCCCACAGGCUCAGGGACAGAAACAGGAUAUCACUACUGCCGUGCUCCAGAUUAUUGGUAUUCAGCCGGGAAACACCCCCAGCCCUGACAAACCUCUGGUGGACAUCGGACUGGACUCCCUCAUGCUGGCUGAAAUCAAACAACUUCUUGACCAUGAGUUUGACCUUAGUAUUUCUGUGGACGAAAUCCGUACUCUGACGAUUCGCCAGUUAAAGAAGAUGUUGAAAGAAGAGUUGGACAGCACUGUGCUCGACACUAAUGUGGAGAAUUCAUCUGCAAAAGUGUCCAUCACAAGAGAUGAUCUAGUUGCCACACAUACCAUCAAAAGACUAAAUGACGUUGACAAUGACAGGCCUGCUGUUUUUAUCAUCCAUUCUCUAGGAGGCACAGUGUCCAGUUUAUCUGACUUGGUGUCCAGUGUGUCGGCACCAUUGUAUGGCGUCCAGUUGACCACAAAUGUACCUGCACAAUCCAUACAGACAAUAGCUGCCCACUACUUACAGGAGAUAGAUAGUCUGUUACCAGACAAGCCGUAUCACCUCGUAGGCGUGUCGUUUGGCUGUCUUGUUGCCAUGGAAAUGAGACAUCAGCUGGAAAAGUUCCACACAGACAGCAAGAAUAUUGGGAAACUGGUGUUGGUGGAUGGGAGCCCUUCCAUCGUUCCACAGCUUUAUGGGGACGAGGUAAAGGCCCUCCGUAGUCUGUCCAGGCAUGCACAGGAAACUAACACCAUCACCAGCUUCAUUGAAUCUCUCACAGGGGAGACAGCUAUCACAAAGACAUUGACAGAGAAUAAGUCUUUCGACAGUAAGAUACAGGAAGUGACAUCACAUCUGACCGCUCUUCAGCCUCAACUUUUGGCAGAAGACAUUGCCAUGGCAACCAGGAUUUACCACAUGCUUUCCUCUUUGGCAGUGACCUUGAUGUGGAGGUCAAAUAUCAAGGGUGAUGUGACCUUGCUCAGACCUUUACAGCCGUCACCUGAUUACUGUGCUCAACAUCAGGAUUACGGUCUGAAACAGUAUGUGGAUGGCAGAGUAAAUGUUGUCAGUUCUGAAUUCACUCACAAGAACCUUGCCACGGAGAGCUGUCAGAAAGCACUGGAGGAUAUACUGGUAGCAUAGCCGUGCUUGUGAGGACCAAAACACAGAGGAAUGUAGGCCUUAAAGGACAACCAAUGUCAGUUAGUGGUGACUUUGAAAUGCAGGAAAGUACUGGAGAACUUACUAGUAGCAUAGCCACGAUUGUGAUGACUAAAUAUUGAGGGACAUUAUAAGUACUGAAGGACAUAAAAUGAGUGACAUAUAAUGUUAGCUUGUGGAGACUUUGAAAUAUACUCACUUCAGAAAAGCACUGGAGGACACAUCAGUAGCAUUAAGCCACGAUGAAUAGUUAAACCCUGGGAGAAAAAGUACUAGAUGACAUAUUAGUGACAUGUGAUUUUAGCUUUGGUAGCUUUAAAUUGCAGGAAAGUCUUAGAAGACAUAUCGGUAAUCAUAGCAUAUCGCAAACACUGCUUGUAUUGACUCAAAAUGGUGUGAAUGUACAAGAGGACUUACAGUUGCUUGUGGUGACUUAAAAAUCCCUGGAGGACUACAACUUGUGGGAAGUCAAAAAUCUGCCGAGAAAUACAAUUUGUGGUGAAUAAAAAAAGUGUUUGAAUGUGUUUUAAGAGUGCAUUAGCAGCUUAUAGUGAAUCAAAUCUGUGGGAAAGAACUUCACUACUUGUGGACUUAUUUGUAGCCUAGAACUGCCUAUGGCGACUUGAAUCACACAAAACACUUCCAUUAUGUUAAUACCUGUAUUAUUAUGUGUAUGUAAAUUUACUAAUAUGUUUGUAAAUCUAUUUUGACCUAGGUUUGAUGAGAAUACUGUAUACCUGGGACUUUUUGCCGCAGUUAAAUUUUCGCCUUUUACACCCUCCGUAAUCAGGGGGGAAUUUAUCAUGACAGUGAAGAUAAGUGCACAACAUACUAUUGUAAUAACAUGUGAAGGGCGAAAGUAAGAAUGCGUGAACACGGAUUCUACCAGUGAAGGGCGCAUUUUUGGCUGGAACAAUGUUUUCUGGCAUACAGUGUAUCUGUCGCACUUGGUCUUGGCUUGAGAACAAGUUGUAGGUGAACAAAUUCUUAUUGAGAACCAAAAUUUCAGAUACAAUGAAUCUUACAGUGCAUCAUACUGUGUGUGUAAUGUAGAGCUCCAGUAUGCAAGUCAACAUUUCAGCUUGUUAUUUAUUGGAAAAAGUUGGGAGAAAAUUCUUGAUUAUGUAUGUUCAUCUAAGAAUUGUUCACCAUUGUGUAACUAGGAGUUACUCACUUUCUAAAGCGACAUUAUCAUGUGUAUGACAGGGUCGGAGAAAAAGAACUACAUGUAUUAACCCCCUUUUGGUGAGAUGAGGAACCUCGACCCUUCUGGAAAGAUUGUUAAAUUGCCAAACACUCAGUAAGUCUAGUGUUUGGCAACUUUAAAUCUAUUUACAUUUUACAUUGCAUAAAUUACAAUUUGAAUCUUUCCCCAUCCGACACUCGAGAGGAUGAAAUAUUCUAUUAAUCUUUUUCUAACUAGAUAAAGAUGGAUCAGCACCUUUAGUCUGAAAACAUGUCAAGGGUCAAUACAGAUAUCAGUGCUCAAUAUCACCAUAUUUAUUUUUGUAUACCUGGGUAGUGAGGUGGUAGUACUACAAUGAAGUGGCAAAGGUAUUUGUAUUAUUAGCUCACCUUGUCCAUACCUUGGCAUCUAUCUUUCAUUGUACAUCUGUCCUUAAACAUUUUCUUCAAAUGACUUUUUCCUAUUAACUGCUGAUUAGAAUUUCUCCAAAUUAUACUGGAAGCAUCCUUAAGUGGUGAGACUGACUCCCUGGGGAGGUAAAGGGUUAAUUUUGUCAUAUUAAUUAUACUCCCCGCAACGAAGUUAAGGGGGGUAUACUGAAAUCCGUCCGUUCGACUGUGGACACAAUGUAGUACUGUGCACUCCCCCUAAACUACUGGAUGGAUUUCAAUGAAAUUUGCUGAUAGCAAUCCUUGCAGCUAGGAGAUGUGCAUAUUUUUCAUUGGGUUAUCUCCCCUUUUCAUGAAGCUAUGGUCCUUGGUUCAUAAACCUUCUCUAGACCUUCUCUCAUAACAGUAUCAUAGCCAAUUAUGCUACCGAAAUGGCUUAUUAUGGCAGAAAUGGCAGGUAUUUUGUAUACAUAUACCUUGGAAUAGGUGACAGUUCUAGUUUGAACAUCUUUUCUGGAACUAUGAGAUGGAUAUCAAUCCUAUUUGGUUGAAAACAUACUUAGGAGGUUACAAAUGGAGAGAGUCAAACCCUAGAGGGCUGAAGGGUGGGGCCAAAAAUGGUAAUUUGGCUGUAUUGGUUUAGGGACUUUUUGGAAUUAUGAGGUGGGUAUUCAAAUUUGCACAAAUAGAGGGGCUGACCCUGCAAGGGACUGAAGGAUGGGGAAAAGGAUAAUUUGGCCAUAUUGUUUUAAGGGACUUAUCUAGAAUCAUAUAAUGGUAAUCAGCAAUAUUUGGCCAAAAUGAUAACAUGAAUAUGGUUGAGAUCACAACCCUAUAACCAUAUAUACAUUUGCUGAAUAUGAAGAGACAAAUAUACAUGAACGCCAGAAUUAGCCUCAGGGUGCAAGCCCUUACUAUGUGACUAAGGCCUGGGUCACAACUUUGAAACAGUUGAGAUAUCUAUCCCAUAACCAUACAAUGCCUAUUAAAUAUAUGCUACCAGGAUUGAACUUUAGGUCUGCCCCACCCCAAGCAACUAAGUCUUCGGGUCAUAACAUAGAAAUGGUUGGGAUCCCUACUCCUUAAUUGGAUAUACAUGUAGUAUUUUCCUAGGCAUGAAAAGACGAUCAUGCUACCCGAGAAUUGACCUUGGGUCUGCCCAUACCCUAGGGACUUAGUAUCAUGGUCAUAACAUGGAACAUUCAAUUUCCCCAACCUAUAACAAUAUAGGUUUGGAUACUCAUAUGCUAUCAGGAUUGGCUCUGGGAUCUAGCCCCAUCUCUGGGAUUCCAUUUGCAAUAACAUUACUGUUAAUGAAAAUAUUUUGCCAUUAUUGCUUAAAUAUCCAGGUGAGCACCCCUGGGCUUCUUGUUUAUUACAAACAUCAAAACCAUAUAUGCCUGAUUUGCCUUUACUUUUGUUGAUAAAUACCAAAUUUAUACAUUUUGAUAUAUAUAUUUAUUUACAUCAUGUUGAAUUAAAUUUGUUGCCUCCUAACAUAAAUGUUUACUUUUGUUACUCUGUAAUCUCUGUUUCUUGUUUCGAAAAUAAAUAUACA